AUGGAUGAAACUGCCUUGGAGAAAGUAUUCGAGAAGUACCUGAAGCCGCUGGACCCGCAAAAGCAAGAAGACGCGUGGCCGGUGCUAGCGAAAGAGGUCUGGUCCUACGAAAAGGAGCGUAUAGAACGAUGGCGGAACGAAAUCAGUACACUUCUCGUCUUCGCGGGUCUGUUCUCCGCCGUCCUCACUGCCUUUGUUGGAGCAUACUACGCCAUUCUGCUGCCACCGCCUGACUUCAACACGGUCAUCCUCGAGCGCAUUUCAGAGCAGCUCGGCAAUACGUCUAGCAACCCCGAUGUUGCACCUGCGAGCACCUUCCCUUCUGCACCCCCUGCACCUCGAUGGAUCGCUACCCUGUGGUUCGCUUCUCUGGUCCUCAGCCUCGGUUCGGCCUCAGUCGCUCUGGCUGUCAACCAAUGGCUGAACUUCCACGCGGAGCAAUCGGGAUUGCGAACUACGCAACAGAAGGUUCGGACCUGGCAACUCCGUCGGGAUGCCCUCACACGGUGGGGGGUGGAGGGCAUCGUCAGCCUCCUCCCCUGCCUGUUGCAGGUGGCUCUCAUCUUAUUCCUCGUUGGGAUUGUGGGCUAUCUGUGGGUGCUCGGACCCGACAUCGCCGUCCUGAGCACGGUCCUCGUCGGCAUCUUGCUAGUCUUUCUGGUAUUCACUUCCGUUGCUCCCGCAUUGGUUCACUACAGUCCUUACAAGUCGCCCCAAGCAUGGUGGAUAUGUGAGGCCUGCAGACGGGCGCGGUGGCUCCUUGGCCAGCUGCUCCAGCUGUGCCUAUCCCCUAUUAGCUGUUUUGCAGAGUUUUGGCAAUGCACGGGCUCUUUCAUGUCCAGAUCCUGGGGAGUGCUUUGCCAGUGGAAGAUUGCCACGAGCAAGACCAUCCUGUCUCUGAAAGGGUUGACCAGCCGGGAGCAUCUUCGCGGUGAGUGA